UUCCUCAACUCUCCUCUUUCAGUCGUGGUGCAAGCAGCCAUGUUGCUGCGAGCUUGUUCCGGUAUCAGGGCAGGAUCAUAGACAGCUUUCGGGCGAAGCUCCUCGUCGUUCUCCCCCCUGCCGCCGCCCGUGACUCGCACCUCCACACCAGCAAGCCCCGCUUCACCAAUAAUGGAUUCUACAACUUGAGGGUCCCCCUUUGCUUCCGUCGGCUGGUCGCUGCUCGGAUAUUUUGUCGGCGCACCGACAGACAGGACGAGCUGUCUCACCGCAGUGCCGCACUGGUGAACGACCUUAUUUCAAUCACGCAACGUCAGAAAGAGCACCGGUAAUUUGCGUGGAUUUGGGAGCUUUUUUGCGGGCUGCUCUUUGGCACUCGCCGCCACUGCGUCGCUGGAUGAGAAGCUAAACGUUGCCUUAACCACUCGAGCUAACCAGCUAGCAGCAGCAGCGCUACAUUUUAAUUUUUCACCUGCCAUGUUACCGUUUCACACGCUUUCGUUUUAGGGAUCCUCUGCCAGGAAUCUCUUAGAGGAAGUAUUUUUGGGUCGCUUCGUUUGAGUUGGAAGGGUCAAGACUUGUCCGGGAAUAAGUUUGGCCCGAAAGUUUUGUAGCCCUCGGAGCUGCCUGGUAUCUGCUUCAACACAACCGUUGUUCCAACUUUUUUUUUCUAGCUAGCUCAGGCAGCUAGCUGGCCCAAACGUAACAGAACCUGGCUGUAACCCCCGCCGUCCUCGAUGUUACUCGCUGCUCACGACCAGUCGACACUCGUUUGGACCUGAAUGUCUUCACUUCUGGCUGAAGAAAUUACAUUUCCCGUGUUGCGCUUGUUGACAAACAUGGGACGUGCAGUAGCUAGCUUCUAGCCGCCGAUGUGGGAUCCAACUUGUUGAUUCGACGGGGGUAUUUGGUCGUGACGCCGGCUGGAAGUUACCCUCCACCACCAUCUGUUUUUAAAUGAUCGAGACACACUGACUGGUCGACCUCGCCUCGCAGUUUCUUCACCAUUUUUGUCCGCAAGUCUUUAAAAAUGUCAACAAGGCCCUCACAGGGACCGGUUAUUGAGAUUACAACAGGGCAGGAGCAGAAGUCAUCAGGCCGAUACAGCAUGUCGCGAUGUUCAAACUCUGUGUCCACGACCGAUGACCAGCCGCACGUCGGUAACUAUCGGUUACUGAAAACCAUCGGCAAAGGCAACUUCGCCAAGGUCAAACUGGCACGACAUGUCCUCACUGGAAAAGAGGUGGCUGUGAAGAUCAUCGAUAAGGCUCAGCUCAACUCCUCCAGUUUGCAAAAGCUCUUCCGGGAGGUGAGAAUCAUGAAGAUGCUAAAUCAUCCCAACAUAGUCAAGCUCUUUGAAGUGUUAGAGACGGAGAAGACGUUGUACCUGGUAAUGGAGUACGCUAGUGGAGGAGAGGUCUUUGAUUAUUUGGUGGCCCACGGCAGGAUGAAGGAAAAAGAAGCACGUGCCAAAUUCAGACAGAUUGUGUCAGCAGUCCAGUACUGCCAUCAGAAGUGUAUAGUGCACAGAGACCUCAAGGCUGAAAACCUGCUGCUGGACGCAGACAUGAACAUUAAGAUCGCCGACUUCGGCUUCAGUAACGAGUUUACCCUGGGGAACAAGCUGGACACGUUCUGCGGCUCCCCGCCCUACGCCGCCCCCGAGCUCUUCCAGGGCAAGAAGUACGACGGACCCGAGGUGGACGUCUGGAGCCUGGGGGUGAUCCUCUACACGCUGGUCAGCGGCUCGCUGCCCUUCGAUGGACAAAACCUCAAGGAGCUGAGGGAGCGUGUGCUGCGGGGUAAAUACAGGAUUCCUUUCUACAUGUCCACCGACUGCGAGAACUUGCUGAAAAAGUUCCUGAUCCUGAACCCUUCCAAAAGAGGCAGCCUUGAGCAGCAGAUAAUGAGGGAUCGGUGGAUGAACGUGGGCCACGAGGACGACGAACUCAAACCCUACAUUGAGCCUCAGCCAGAUUAUAAAGACCCCAGGAGAACAGAGAAAAUGUUGCGGAUGGGAUUUUCUCAGGAGGAGAUCCAGGACUCGCUGGUGCUGCAGAAGUACGACGAGGUGAUGGCUACAUACCUGCUCCUGGACUACAGGAACUCUGAGCUGGAUGAAGGCUGCCUUAAGCCCCGCCCAGGAAGUGAUUUAAGCAACAUCAACGCACCCUCCCCGCCUCACAAGGUACAGCGAAGCGUGUCGUCCAACCAGAAGCCUCAGAACCGCAGAGCCACCGAGCAAGGCUCCUCCUACUCCAAGAGAGGAGGUCAGUCGGACAACCAAUCAGCAGCGGAGGAUUCUGGGAGGAAAGGUUCAUCGGGCAGCUCCACUACCAAGAUGGCAGCCAGCCCUCUGGCGCCGACUGACCGCAAAAAGAGCGCCACGCCUUCCACGAACAGCAUCCUGUCCACCGGUACCGGUCGCAGUCGGAACUCGCCCAUGACGGAGAGAGCCACGCUCGGCCAGGGCAUCCAGAACGGCAAGGACAGCCUAAACACUCCGGGCUCCCGAGCCUCCACCGCCUCAGCUGCUGCCGUCCUGUCCUCCUCCUCCUCAUCCUCACGUUCCCGCCACCACAAGUCCCUGUCCUCCUCCAAUCAUCCAUGCCCCUCUGACCUGCACGCACCGCGGCCCAGCGCCGCGUCCCAGCGAGCGCCCGGCGCCUCCCCGUCGGCCCACAACAUCAACAGCACAACGGUGUCGGACCGAACCAACUUCCCCAGAGGGGGGGUGAUCCGCAGCACGUUCCACGCGGGGCAGCAGCGGGGCGCCCGGGACCAGCAGGGCUCCGCCUACUCCGGAGGCCCCGCCUCCCCGUCGCUGUCACACGGCAACAGCCAGGCCCGGAGGACACACGGGGCAACGGGCAUCUUCAGCAAGUUCACCUCCAAGUUUGUUCGCAAAAAUUUCUCGUUCAGGUUUCCCAGAAGGAGUCCGUAUGAGGGAGAGGGUCGGGAUGAGGGCAGCAGGUCUGUGCUCAGCAGUGCUGUAGACAAGUCGGAGAAGACGUCCGGUGGCUUCCUCUCGUCGUCCUCCAACAACGAUGCGAACAACUCCUCACCGGGGUCUGGUAACACCGGUGGCACUGGCACCCCCCCUGCCAACGCCAGCUACAAGGACACCGUCAAACCGCGCUCCCUGCGCUUCACCUGGUCCAUGAAGACCACGUCGUCUAUGGAGCCCGUGGAAAUGAUGCGCGAGAUCCGGAAGGUGCUCGACUCCAACAACUGCGAGUACGAGCUGCGUGAGCACUACAUGCUGCUGUGCGUGGCGGGGAACCCGGCGCACGACGACUUUGUCCAGUGGGAGAUGGAGGUGUGCAAGCUGCCGCGGCUCUCCCUCAACGGCGUGCGCUUCAAGCGGAUCUCGGGCACAUCCAUCGCCUUCAAGAACAUUGCCUCAAAGAUCGCCAACGAGCUGAAACUGUGAGCGCGAACGAGAGAAGGCGGAGCUGCAGGCGGGACGGGGUCACCGGCUGCUGGUUCCAGAUCCACAGACCUGAUCUGACUCCUCUCCCUGUCCUGGGG